AUGUUUUCGCACAGAGGAGGCUACGAAAACAAGACCAGAAAGGCAGAUCCAACCUCCCAUGUUGUCACCGUCGACUACACUGGCUGGACCACCGAUGGAAAGCUCUUUGACUCCUCUGUUCUGCGUGGGCAGCCAGCCACCUUCGCGUUGAACCAGGUCAUCAAAGGCUGGACGGAGGGCCUGCAACUUAUGGUCGAGGGCGAGAAGAGGCGCUUCUGGAUUCCCGCGCCGCUGGCGUACGGGGAGCGCCCGGCGGGCGGGCGUCCCGCGGGGAUGCUGGUCUUCGACGUGAACCUCUACCAGAUCCAGUGA